UUUACUGCAUGCAUUUCUUCUUCUUCGUCUUCUUCUUCUUCUUUACAAACAGAAACAAGGGUUUGAACCCAAAUCGAUAAGUGUUACACAAAAGUCUUCCUUUUUAUUUGUAAUUGGGGUUUGGUCAGCUUCGUGAUUCUCGUAGUGAUUCUCCUGAUAUGGGAGCUCUUCUAUUUCAGUAACGCACUCUCUGUUAAGAUUCAUCACCAAACAAGAAGGUUGAACAUAGUUUCAAUACCUUUUUUUCUCAACACCAUAAACUAAUGGCUCCUGCGACUAACUGGCUUUCCUUUUCCCUCUCUCCCAUUGAAAUGCUUCGCUCUGCUGACUCUCAGUUUGUUCCUUAUGAAACCUCCUCCACCGCCUCUCCUCACUAUCUCUUGGACAACUUCUACUCCAAUAAUGGAUGGAGUAAUAGUACUAAUGCUCACCCCAAAUCAUCAUCCCAACUUUUCUUCAUGGAUGGAGAUGAAAACAAUGAGGUUAUCAAAGAAGAUCAUCAUAAUCAAUCGACACCCGCCAUUUAUACGAGCUAUCUUCAUCCACAAACCCACCACCAACCCAAACUGGAAGAUUUCCUCGGCGAUUCCUCGUCGAUGGUGCGGUAUUCCGACAGCCAGACGGAGACUCAAGAUUCGUCUUUGACUCAUAUUUACGACCAUGGCUCGGCACCCUAUUUUGGGGACCAACAGGAUCUCAAAACCAUUGCGGCGUUUCGUGCUUUUUCUGGGAACUCCGGCUCUGAAGUGGACGAUUCGGCUUCUAUGGGGAGAACCCAGAUCGCGGCCGGUGCUCAUUCUAUUGAGUCUUCGGUUAGAAAUGAGUUGGGGACUUUCUCUAGCUGCCCCACGGGUGCUCUUUCCCUCGCCGUCGCACAGAGCUCUGACACGGUGGCAGCUGGGGGUGUCGUGGCGGUUGACUCCGAUUCGUCCAAGAAAAUUGCCGACACUUUUGGCCAGCGAACGUCAAUUUACAGAGGAGUCACUAGGCACAGAUGGACGGGUAGAUACGAGGCGCAUCUAUGGGAUAACAGCUGUAGAAGAGAGGGUCAGGCUAGGAAAGGACGUCAAGUUUAUUUAGGUGGGUAUGAUAAGGAAGAUAAGGCAGCUAGGGCUUAUGAUUUGGCGGCUUUGAAGUACUGGGGUCCCACUGCAACCACCAAUUUUCCUGUUUCGAAUUACGCCAAAGAAUUGGAAGAGAUGAAACAUGUCACCAAGCAAGAGUUUAUUGCAUCUUUGCGAAGAAAAAGCAGUGGUUUUUCGAGGGGUGCAUCUAUUUACAGAGGUGUGACGAGGCAUCAUCAGCAAGGUCGAUGGCAGGCGAGGAUUGGGCGUGUUGCAGGGAAUAAGGAUUUGUAUCUCGGGACAUUUGCUACUGAGGAGGAAGCUGCUGAGGCGUAUGAUAUAGCAGCGAUCAAGUUUAGGGGUUUGAAUGCGGUGACGAACUUCGAGAUGAAUCGAUACGAUGUGGAGGCUAUUGCGAAGAGUGCACUGCCAAUUGGGGGAGCUGCAAAAAGGCUGAAGCUUUGCCUUGAAUCGGAUCAGAAGCAGAUAUCAAAUCAUGAUCAAGCAGCCCAAUGCAGCAGUGGAAGCAACAGCAUCAACUUCGGCGCCCCUAUUCAGUCUAUGCCACCCAUCCCCUGUGGAAUUCCAUAUGAUACUGCAGCCAUGCUGUAUCACCAUAAUUACUUCCAUCAUCUUCAACCUAACCCUCUCGGCUCGUCGGAGUCGACCACCCCAGCCAUUGGAGCAUCUACCAUGGCACCUCAAGCAGCCGAGUUUUUUGUUUGGCCUCACCAGUAUUAGAAUUUUGGCAUUUACUGAUAUGAUGAUCGUAGUAAAAUGUAGCUAACACAUGACCCGAUUAGUUUGUCGAUGCUGUCUGGGUAACCUGGAUCUUUAUCCAAAAUGACUGUAGUUCAACUCUUAACCCCUUUGAAAGUAGGUACAAGGAAAGAGGUAGGGUGGUGGGUUUUUGGUAUGGAAAAACAAAACUUGUUAUUUGUAGGAAGUUGAUGAAUUUUGUAAUGUUAACACCCCAUGAAUAUCCUUGAGAUUUUGA